ACACACACACACUUCUACAACACUUUCAGAUUCAGAUUGGACAGUAAAAAAAGAAAAUUCAAAAGUAUCAAAAUCUUCCUCGUCAAAACCUGCCGCUUUCAUUACCCAGAAUGCAACUCGACCGGCGUCGCCGACAGUUUGGUGAGAGACCCGGGUUGUAUUAUGCUAGUAGCAGCUAAUGUAGCCGCGAGCUGCUAGCCUCAACCAGAGACGAGGACCUGCAGAGGUCUCGCUUCAUUUUUAUUUUGGUUUGUCCGUUAACUUCCUGUUUGUCUCUCAGGGUAACAAAGGGGGCGUGUCCGUCCGUCUGUCUUUCUACGGUCACAUGCUCUGUUUCCUCAACUGUCACCUGGCUGCUCACAUGAACUACGCCUCGGAGAGAGUGGACGAGUUCGAGUACAUCAUGGACGCCCAGACCUUCGACCGUCAGAAGGCUCCCAGAAUUAUUGACCACCGGCUGGUGUUCUGGUUCGGAGAUCUUAACUUCAGAAUUGAGGACCACGGUAUGCACUUUGUCCGGUCCUGCAUCAGCGAUCAGACCUACAACCUGCUGUGGAGCAAAGACCAGUUGACGAUGAUGAAGAAGAAAGAACGGAUCCUCCAGGAGUUUGAAGAAGGGCCUCUGGACUUUCCACCCACGUACAAGUUUGACCGAAACUCUGAUAUUUACGACAGCAGGGUCUACAGGACGUGGUUUGGCUUUACCGGUAAGAAGCGUAAACCCGCCUGGACCGACAGGAUUCUGUGGCGGCUCCGACACAAGGCCCCGCCCCCUGACGAGCAAAGUGAAAACACGGUCGACCAGGAGGCGAGGAAGGUGGAGGACGAGGAUGAGGACGAGGAUGAAGAGUACCCGCUGAGGAUCAGGCAGGACUUGUACACCAGCAACAUGGAGUACAGCGUCAGUGACCACAAGCCCGUCAUCGGCGUCUUCACGCUGGAGCUGAGGAAGAUGUUCGACGCUCCUCUGGUGCGUCUGCAGCCGGAGGGCGACUGGAGCGCCGACAUCGACGCCAUGGUCCUCUACAGCCCUCUGCAGCCGUUCUCCUCCAGCGCCUGGGACUGGAUCGGACUCUACAAGGUUGGGUUCACCAGUGUGUCGGACUACCUCACCUACACGUGGGUCAAAGACGACGAAGUGGCCUUCGUUGAAGAAAUCAUACAGGUGUAUGUAAGUAAAGAGGAAAUCCCAGUGCGGGGAGGAGAGUGCGUGCUGUGCUACUACAGUAAUACUCUGCAGUGCAUCGUUGGAAUCAGUGACGCAUUCAAGGUCCAGGAGUCGAAGGUAGCCAGUGAGGAAGGAUUGGUCCCUGAGAAGAUCGACGCUCUCGACAAAACCGUAUCGAGAGAAGACCUUUGGAACUGAUCGAUCAGUGUGGUUUGAUAUAGAAAUGGAUGUUUUUGGGCCUGAAUUGUCCGAAGAUUUUAAUUCCUGUGGUUUCCUAACUCGCCCCCAAAGGAGAGCGGUUAGGAAGUGCCUUCUGUUCUUGCUGUUACACGUCCUCACUGACCUCUUUACUGCUGCCGGUGUGGCUGUGAAGUUACGACACGUUUAAGGUAUCAUGGAAACUAUGAGCAGUCCUUCAUCAACUGACUGAGAAACCUGAGAGUAAGUUUCCCUAGAAUGGAUUUAAAUUUAUAUUUGUUUCAUGUGGAAGAAGUGCCGGCUUUGUGUAAUAAAAUCACAAACCGUGUGUGUCAACCCUCUUAGGGAAGAACAUUUUUGAUUUAAUAAUUUUACACGGUAAAGAUCUUAAGGAAUAAAUAUAAAAAACACCACCCAGGUUAAAAAGUCUAGGGCUACAUCGUGUGAACACAACAUGGCGCUCCAAAGCACUUUAUUUAUGCUCUAAAAUAUAUUUUAAAAAACAAGUCUGUACAAACGUCAAUUAAACAGGAAGCUUAAAUAAGUCAAAGUCCAGCACAGUAUCUACAAGUGUAGAUAAGAAGUGGACGUAGUCGUCGUGACGUCGCUCAUCGGUUUGUGGACUGAUGAAACAGAAGGUGAGGCAUGUUGUAGGAUCUGAACACAUCAGUCAGUUGAUGAAGGGAAGUUCUCCUUUCGAGAAAAACUCCAUGUUUUAAUGCAGAACUUCAUGCUCUCAAAGCGGCUGAAAAGAAAACUUUGAAUAUUUAUCUUCCCCUGACGGCCACAAUUAGGAACAGAAAAAAGGGAAUUGCAAUUUGAACAAAGCUCUUAGGCCAUUUCUUUUGUUUGAUUCAAUGUCAAUUUGUUGACAUCUAGCAGCAAAAUGAGCAAAUCAAUGUCCACUGCUUACUUAGAAAAUAUGAAGAAAUGAAUGUCCUCGAAGCCAGUUUAUGGAUUUAAAGACUAAUUUGCAUGUUAAUGACAAUAUGAUGCUGGAUCAGAAGCUUACAUAUUUAUAGUUAAUCUAUAUUUCCUACAUGUUUACUUCAGUCUCAUUUAAAGGGCCAGUGUGCAGCACGGCGUGAUUGAAGGGGUAUUUAUUUGGUUGUAAUCUGCAGCCUCACCACUAGAUGUCACCAGAACAUCCCACGCACUGUCCCUUUAAGAGCUUUAAAAUAAAGUGCUUGUUCAGGAGAUAAUCAGAGCGUCGUAUAGACGAAUCCCAUUUCCAAAUUCAAGAGUUUUAGAAGUUCAGCAGAACUUUGUGUGUUUGAUGGUCCUGCAGACACAAAUAGAAGUUAAUGACUAGAAUAAACCCUUAAAGGCAGAAAUAAAGAGAUUCAAAUUUAUUGUUUAUUGAACGAAGAAGUUGACAAUUUGAAAUGUGCAGAUAAAUACGAGUCCUACAGGACUGAUGUUAAUCUGCUCAGCCCUGAAAGCAUUGCUGUAGUAGGCAUGUUUAAUCUCUUCUGGGUUUUAGCAUGUUAUUUUAAAAUACUCAUAUAUCAUAUAUUGUGACUUGGCUGCUUUAGGAAGAUAAGAGACGACAGAGAGGUUUGGAGUUUCUCCUCACAGUAUUUUGAUUAACUCCAGUUGUUCCUGGAGGACUUGACGCGUAACUAUUUAAUACAACGGUUGUUGUGGAGCAGAUUACCUGAGGCUCAUCUUUUAGCUUGCAGUUGUUAAAACAUAUAUUAUUCAUUCCCUUUCAAUACCCGUCGAGGUAUCGCAGUGAAUUGGAGAACAUGAAGAGUUGUUGCACUGUUUAUCGUUGAAGCAAACGUAUUUAAUGUCACUUUAUUGUUGGCGUGUACUGAAGGAAUAUAAAGAUUUAGUUUUCCAAAAACUAUACGGAUUCAGCAAGUGCCUUUGAAAUGACUGUAGCUUUAGUGUACUGUACUCGAGCUUCGUACGAUAUGUAUCGUUAACAUUCAUCAGAUUAUUUAUCAUAACAGCGAGAUGUUCACGGCCUCCUCUCGUUCCUCUUGACGAUAAACAUUGCUGUUCUAAACCUUCAGUGGGAUGUUAUUGGCUUGCUGGAAUCAAUUAUUAGCCAAUUCACGUUUUCCCGUUUUAUAUUUUGUACUAAAAGAGGCGACCUAUUUUCUGAAGUAGAAAUAAAAUGUAAAUGUACCGUAAGAGAAUACCAACAGAUGUGUAGCUUUGCAAAUAUUAAAUAAGUCUCACUUCA